AGCAGCCAAUCAGUAUCUGAAGUUUCAUUGGUCAAGAAUAAGCCAGUCAAUACGGGAGAAGAAACUACUGCGUAAAACAUCUUGGACUCCGGGCAGAAGUUUUCAUUAUUAAUGAGAACAUUUCUGGCGUGCCGUGAAAGACGGCACCUCAUUAAAUUCACCCAAAGCUCUCGCUGAAACUUGAUGUCGUGAUUCUCUUCCUAUUCUUUCGUCAAAAAAGUAGAGGAUGUACACAGCAGGACUUAAUCCCUUUUACGCGUCCAACUUCAGCCUCUGGUCUGCGUACUGUUCGGGUGGCUUCGCGGUGGAUACGAUGAAAAAGCCGUCGUUCUGCAUUGCCGAUAUACUGCACGUCGGAGACGCCGAGAACAUUCCAGGCUCCUCGGCGCUUAUGGGACACAUGGGCGUCCGGGCUCAGGUUCAUUCCUCAGGUUCUCCGCUCCGACCGGCCCCGCUCGCCCCGGAGGCGGCAGUGUUCGGCGCGAGGGUGAACACCACCGCCUACCACAGACACGGACUACACUUGACUUCUGUGCCCAGAACAACAAUCGGCUCCCAGUCAGCACCAGCACCGUCCAGCAAAGACCUCAAGUUCGGGAUCGAUCGGAUAUUAUCAACUGAAUUUGAACCGAAAUGUAAAGAAUCAUCUUCAUUAAGAGAUCUCACGUCCAUUGUUAGCUCCACGCGCCAGUCAGCAGGCCACGUCUCCGUGCAGCCGACCGCGAGCCAGUACUUCGCAUCCUUAGACCCGGGGAUGAGCGAUGCCUCUUCCAUGAUGGGCUCCAUAGGCAGUGUCUCCAGGCAAUCAGGGCAGCAUCAGUACCAGGAUACUUUCCCAGGGCCCUAUGCAGUUCUCACCAAAGACACAAUGCCGCAGACCUACAAGAGGAAGAGGUCGUGGUCCAGAGCCGUGUUUUCAAAUCUGCAAAGAAAGGGUCUAGAGAAGCGCUUUGAGAUCCAGAAGUAUGUGACGAAACCUGACCGGAAGCAGUUGGCCGCGAUGCUGGGCCUUACAGAUGCUCAGGUCAAGGUUUGGUUCCAGAACCGCCGGAUGAAAUGGAGACACUCAAAGGAGGCCCAGGCGCAGAAGGACAAGGAGAAGGAGCAGGCGGACAAGUCAGCUCCCGAGAACGAGCAGAAAACACAUGAGGAGGAUUCAGAAGGAGACAGCGAGCCCAGCGAGUCGGAGCUGGAGGACGAGGCCGAGGACAAACGAGACGGAACCGUUUCUGAACUGAGCAAAGCCAGCGUCAUCAUGGCCGGACCUCUUCCCCUAAAUACGGACGAAACACCAACGGCCACAAGCAGCGCAUCCACAGACAUACCUGCACCUUCGCAAAUGCUCCUGUGAACCUGAACUCAGUCAAGUUCGCCCAGAGCUGAACUUUAAUGACCACUACGAUUGAUGCCAAAAAAAAGAAACAUUAGAAAGGGGCUCAAUCCGCUUGGCUCAUGCUGUGAAGUCCACCAGGCCACCGAUGCCACUUAUAUGUUCCCUUUUUCAUGGAGAAAUUCGCUCUUUCUUGUGAAUAUUCGCCUGAAACACUUUUGUCCUUCACCUGUUGAGCAUCUGGGAUUUUAUGCAGUUUUAAAUGUUAUCUUAAGUUUGAUGAACUUGAUUGUAUUAUAUAUUGUUAGUAGAUAUUUGCACUGAAGCUGUAAAUAAAAUUGUUACUUUAAUUCUGACCA